UAGGUGCCUGACAAAAAAAACAACAUUUGGUGCUAGCUAGCUCACUUAAACAUCAGGAGGAUAGCUAGUUUUAAAGAAAGUUUAUUCCGAGAAACUGCAUGCUGUGACAGCUCUUAAGGAAACAGAGGUGGCUGUUUUUGCGCUGUGGCGAGUUUUUAGACUUCCAUCCCUGACUGCUGCCUUUCUCAAUGAGGUACAGAGGAGCUCAGAUCCGUCUCUGGGCUCGAGGCUCAUGCUGUCUGUCUCGGCACUACCUGCCAGGCAGAACCGCUCAGGUCCGAUCCUACAGCUCUGAGCCGCCGCCCCGACCUCCUCCACCCACCGAGCCCUCGCCUCCUGAGCAGAAGGGCACCGCCGCCGAGGCUGUGAAGGAACGCACCCUGUCUGCCCUGCAGCACGCAGGAGAGUUGGGGCGACAGUGGAGCCAGAGGUCGGCGCAGGCGGCCACCGUCACAGUGAACUACUGGUGGGGGAGAUACGAGGAGUUCGUUGGGCUCAAUGAGGUCCGCGAGGCUCAAACCAAAGUCACCGAGGCUGAAGCGGCGUUCAUGGUGGCCAGAGGGAUUGUGCGUGAGGCGCACAUCAGCCUGGAGGCCCUGCAGAGCCGCCUGAAGGAGGUCAGAGACCGGCUGGACAGAGUCUCCAGGGAGGAGGCCCACUACCUGGAGCUGGCCACCAUGGAGCACAAGCUGCUGCAGGAGGAACGGCGUCUGCGGACGGCGUACGAGAACGCAGAGGGUUCGGAGAGGGAAAAGUUUGCCUUGUUCUCGGCGGCGGUCAGGGAGAGCCACGAGAAGGAGAGGACGAGAGCGGAGCGCACCAAGAACUGGUCGGUCAUCGGCUCUGUGCUCGGGGCCCUCAUCGGGGUCAUGGGAUCAACGUACAUCAACCGCGUUCGCCUUCAGGAGUUGAAGAAUCUUCUUCUGGAGGCUCAGAAAGGUCCAGAGAGCCUCCAGGAGGCGCUUAGAGUCCAGGCUGGGAACCACCGCUCCCAGCAGGACGAGCUCCGGCUUCUCAUCGACAGCCUCAGGGUCACUCUGGCUGAAACCGUCUCACAGAGGAGCGGCGCCCCCCAGGGGAAGACGGGAGCGACCGCAGCAGCGCCCGCCUUUUCUCCUUCGGCCCUUAAGGACCUUCAGGUCCACCACCAGAAGACGGAGUCGCUGCUGGAGUCGCUGCCGGCUCGGCUGGGUCAGCUCCAGCAGGGCGUGGGGAAGGUGGAGGAUGAACUGCUGUCGGUGAGGAAGCUGCUGGAGGCCAAACCGCGGACUGAACCACAGGCCCAGACACGAGCUGCUGGCUCGCAGAGACCAGAGGCAGCGGACCAGUGGGGGUCUGAGAGGGUGGUGAGAGGCCUGGAGGACACCAAGAGGACGCUGGGAGAAGGAAUCAGGAUAAACAGCGUCUAUAACGCAGUGUUUACCUACACCGCCGCCGCCAUCACCAUCUCUGCUGUGUACCUGCUGCUCAGAGGAACCGGCUAAACUGGAUCAGGUGCUGGGGAGUAAUAAUACCAAUUAAUUAUGAUGUAAUACUGAGUUUAAUGAGACCAGCUGAAUAAACAGCGUACAGGCGUCCUUUUAAGUUCAUCAUCUGCUGUUUGCUGCCAGCAGAGAGGCCUAAAAAAAAAAAGCAUCAGUAACUUUUGAAUCCCUCAUGGUGCCUGGAGUCGUGAGACGUGGAGCUAUUUAUCACGUCCAGUCAUGAUUAUUAGGCUGGAGCCACAUGGGACCAUCCAUCAAAGCUGCAAACGUCCUGCAAAACAUCUGAUCUUACAUUUAUAAUCCACUCUACCUCUGCUGCUUUUGUAACAUUAGCUCUCACUGUUUUGCUUUUUUCGACUCGGUUAUGGAGAAAUUGUGACCAAUUAUAUACAGUAAGACGGCACCAGGGGGUGGUUACCUCCUAUUUGAUGAUUAAUAUAAUUCAUCACCUAAUAAUCUGCUGCUGCUGACAGACACAGAAAGAAGUAGUUAGUAGGAUUUAAUCAGGUCUUCAGGACACGCCUCACUUCUAACCUGCUCAUUAUUUUGGCUGUUAUCUCUGAAACCUGAGUAUUUCUGACUAGAAACCACUUUAUUUUAUUUACACGAGGUAAAACAGUUGAGUUGGUGAACGGGUUUGAAUCAACAAGUCCCAGGUUUAGAAAAAAACCUGCUCGACUGACUGGUACAUUCCCAGUUAAUCCCUAAAAAAAAAAGGAAAUAUUUAACUUGACUCAAAUAUUUAACCAUCACAGCCUUGGGAGAAGUUCAUGAACUGAAAUGGAGCGGAGCAGCACAGAAAACAGCUUUACUGGAGAUUAAUCGAAUACUUGAAAGAAGGACAGUAAAGACACUAGUUAUAGUCGCCUCACAAACCUCUGAAGGGGCCUUUAAUUCUCAAUUUUAAACUGUGGAUUAUGAGCAAACUAAAGUAUAUGUGUUCAUGCUUUGGAGGCUUUUUGCAGCAGUGGAGGCUCUCAGAUCCUGGAGUACUUGAACGCAUCUCUCACAUUGUGCACUGGUAACCCCUCUAUAAUAAAAGGUCGACUGG